AUGCAGGAGUCGGGUUAUCUGAAAGAGCCACUGACCUUGCUAGAGGAGGCUAGUGAUGAUGAUGCUUUUGUUGAAAACCCAAGCAUUAUUGGGAAGAAGCAUAGAUUGGUUGAGGAGCCAGACAUCAACACGGAGAUAAAUUCUGUAAAUAAGUACACGGUUUCGGGGAAGCCACCCUGCCAGAAUGAGGACUUCUUCUUGCAGGACUUAAAUGCUAAAGAGGAUUUGGUAUCUACAAAGCUGAAGAACAUUGAGAACUCAAAGACUGAGAUGUCAAAUCCUACCAAGAAGUCAUUCAUUUUACAAAAGAAAUGUACCAUUCAGAAACAUGUGUCCUGCUUGGAUAAACCACUGACAGUUAAGUCCAUUUCUGAGAAAAAGUUGCUCAUUGAAUCAGUAACUUUGCAAAACAAGCCUACCACUGGGAAGUCAUCCCCUUUCCAGGCAUCAGCUGCAUUGCAAGAGAAACACGCCACUGUCUUCCAGGCAUCAGCUGCAUUGCAAGAGAAGGUGACCAUCUUGAAGAAGCCAGAUAAGUUGCAGGAGAAUAUUGAAAAGGAAGGUCAAUUUGUUAGGGAAUCACUUUCCUUUAGAAAGCAAUACAGCAUAAAUGCAUUCUCCACCAAGGAAACAUCUUUAACAGAGAAAGGCUAUAUCACUCAAACGAUGAUGAUCACCCACCAAGUCUUGGACUUGAGAGAUGUGAGUAACAAAGAUAAAAAUUCUCACUCUGUAGGGCCAGAGUCAGCUAGGAAGUCUUCAACCAAAGAAGCAACUGUUACCAAGGCAUCACUAUCUUUAAAGGAACAGCAAAGUACUCGGGAUAUUUUAUCCUUAGAGAAGAAGACCUCUGAAGAGAAGUCACUCUGUAAAAAGGUGUUACACUAUGAGGAAAAGCCUUCAGCCAAACAGGUGUUCCUCCCCCAGGAUCCAGGUACUAUAGAAGAAAAUACCACUCUGCGUGCAGUGUCUCUCCCCAAGAAUUCGCUGACCUUGCAGGAGAAGACCAACAGUGAGAAGGAAUCAAGUAUUAAGAAAGCAUCCACCUUGCUGAAGAAACCUAUUACUAAGCAGGAGUUUUUAUUGCAUGUUAAACCCACCAGCAAAGAUAAAUAUGUCUCCAGGAAGACUUUGCCUGUUCAGGAGAAGACUGAAAUCAAAAAGAACUCUUAUAAGAAGUUCUUGACUAUUUCAGAGAAAAGAACCACUAGAGAGGAUGGAUACCAUCCUAGGAAUCAAUUGUUUUCAAGGAAGACCCCCAUUCCCAAGGUGGCAAAAAGCAAAGAGAGGCAAUUAUCUUUAAAAAAUAAUCCCACUGCUCAGUGGAAGGAGGCUGCUUUGAAGAACCAUUUGGCCCCAAAAUACCACUUCACCAGUGAAGAAAGGGCCAUUAUUGAUCAGCAGCUGGCCUUAAGGGAAAGGUCAGUCACUGAGAAUGAGACCAUUCUGCAAAAGACCAUUCUGCAGAAGGAGCCUAUGGUCUUGCAUGGCAAGCACACAGUUGAAGAGGAAGCUAUUUCAAAGGAGCCUUUGACUGUACAGGAGAGUCUUAGCCAUGAGGUGACCCUUUGCAAGGAGUCAUUAACAUUUCAGGAGAGGCCUACUGUCAGUAAGGCAGUACUUUUCAAGGAGGCGUUAGUUUUUAAUGAAGAUCCCACUACUAGUAAAACAGUGUAUAUGAACAGGCCAUUGACCUAUGAAGAGAAUCCCAUCCACAUGGAAGAUAACACUAUCAACGAUUCAUUGCCCCAGGCACAUAAUAACCCUAAUAUAGUUAACAGGCAUCCUGAAUGUGGAACAAGGAAGCCCAGAGUUGUUGCCAUUUCUAAUAUGAACAAGUUAAGUUUUGCCAACAAGUCCUACACCUAUGACAGUGACAAUGAUCCAGUUUUCAACACUGUCUAUGCCAAGGAUAUCUUCAGAUAUAUGAAAGAGAGAGAGGAAAAAUUCAAAGUUAAUCAAUACAUGCCUGGACAGGCUGACAUCAGCAGUGACUUGAGGGCUAUUCUUGUGGACUGGCUGGUGGAAUUGCAGGUAACCUUUGAGAUGAGUCAUGAGACCUUGUACUUAGCAGUGAAGCUGAUAGAUCUCUAUCUUAUGGAGGUAAUAUGCAGGAAGGAAAAGCUACAGCUCCUUGGUUCUACAGCUUUUUUUGUUGCAGCAAAGUUUGAGGAACCCAAUCCACCUUGUAUAGAGGACUUCCUGUAUGUAUGUGAUGAUAUUUAUUCACGACAUGAAAUGAUUAACAUGGAAAUCAAAGUUCUGCAAACCCUCGAAUUUGAUAUCAAUAUUCCCAUUGCCUAUCAUUUUCUGCGUGCCUAUGCUAAGUUUGUUCCUACUAACAAGCAGACUGUGACCUUGUCCUACUUCAUAUGUGAGUUGACACUGCAGAACUAUGCCUUUAUCGAGGUGAAGGCUUCCAAGCUUGCUGCUGCCUCCUAUCUCCUAUCCCUCUAUAUAAAUAAUCUCAAAAAUAAGGCUUUUGCCUUAGAGACAUGCAGUGGCUACAAGAUUUCUGAGCUUCACUCCUUGGUAUUACAAUUGAACGUUCUGUUGUCUUUGAAUCCUACUAAGGACCUCAAGAGUAUAAAAUUGAAGUAUUCUCACCGGGUCUUUUUCCAAGUUGCCAGAACACCGCCCCUGAACUUGUUGUGGCUGGAAAAGCUUAUGAAAAGUGAAUAA